AUGAGAACCCGUAUCGCAGCCUGCCAGUACGCCACUGAAGACGCGAUCAAACCCAUCAUCCUACCACGUAAACACUGCAUUACUAGCUUAAUCGUAACGCACUAUCACAAUAAAUACCACCAUCAAAACCACGAAACGGUGAUAAACGAAUUGCGACAGAGAUACCAAAUUAGCUGCAUACGUUCGUGCUUAAACCAAAUUCGCAAAGACUGUCAAAGAUGCAAGAACGAAAAUGCAGCACCGAAUCCUCCAUUGAUGGCAGACUUACCACCUGGUCGACUGGCAGCAUUCUCACGUCCAUUCACACACACAGGCAUCGACUACUUUGGGCCAAUUGAAGUUGCCGUUGGCAGGAGAACCGAAAAACGUUGGGGAAUGCUAGCCACAUGCUUGACUGUUCGGGCAGUACAUAUUGAAGUAGUCUACUCAUUGACCACUAGUUCUUGUAUCAUCGCAAUUCGCAGCUUUAUAGCUCGUCGUGGACAACCUCGACAAUUUUAUAGUGAUCGGGGAACUAACUUUAUCGGAGCGCAGCGGGAGUUGAAGAGACUUGAAGACGUGAUCGAUCAUGACGAGAUCAUGAAGGAAUUUACCAGCGAGGAGACCGAAUGGGUAUUCAAUCCUCCACAAGCACCACACAUGGGAGGAAGCUGGGAACGGCUAAUUCGCACAGUGAAGAGAAACCUGAUGGCCGUCUGCAUAACAAAGAAACCGUCCGAUGAAGUGCUCCGCAAUACUCUAAUCGAGAUAGAAAACGUGGUGAACUCUCGGCCACUCACGUUCGUGCCAACAGAUAACGACUCUGCCCCGGCUCUCACCCCAAAUCAUUUCCUCCUUGGGUCGUCUAACGGCGUAAAACCGCUUGUUAUAAGCUGCGACAGCGGACUCGCUCUCAAGCAAAACUGGUGUACCUCUCAGAUUCUCGCGAAUAUAUUCUGGAAACGGUGGAUUACAGAUUAUCUACCGGAAAUUACUCGUCGGUCGAAAUGGUUUCAUCCUGUGAACCCAAUCGUUGUUGGAGACGUCGUGAUCAUCGUGGACCACAAGCUACCGCGCAACUGCUGGCCGAAAGGGCGGGUCAUCUGCGCUACCAUUAGCCGGGAUAACCAAGUCCGUGUUGCAACCGUACGGACGAAUGUUGGGGUCUAUCAACGGCCAGUCACACAACUGGCGAUUAUGGAUGUUCAGCGCGUUGAACUGUAA